CUCUGGUCUGGUCAUGGAAUCGACGCCUUCCUCGCACCUCGGCCAUGCUGGCGCAGCAGCAUCCGCGCUCCCCGCCAACGGCGGCGCCGUCGCCGGUGACCACGCCGAGCUGGAUCCCCUUCUGGACAUGUCCUAUAUCGGCUCCUCGGACCAGGCAUGCAAGGAGUGCAGGCGCCGCAAGGCCCGUUGCAACCGAGCCUUGCCGACGUGCGAUCUCUGCAUCAAGUACCGACGGCACUGCCUGUACGAGAAGCAUUCGCGGACGCCCCUGACGCGCAAGCAUCUCACUGAAGUGGAGGCCAGGCUGGAGAGGGCAGAGGCGCUGCUGAGGCAGACGAGAGCACUGUUGCCGCCUCACUUGCGGCCGUGGGAGCGUGCGGGCGCCGGCGCGGGGCCGGCUGCUCGGCAGCCCGACGAGUCGUCGUUUGACUUUGCUGGAGAGCCGGCUCGGUCCAAGAGUCAGGAUGAGGACGAGUCCGAGGUCGCUGACUCGAAAGCUCCGAGACGGACCUCCCUUCCCUGCCCACCGCAACCUCAACAUCCCUCAUCCGACGGCGGCGGCUGCGGCGGGGGCCCUCCACGCCCUGUCGAUGCUGACCACCAGCGAAUGCUUGAAGGCCCGCCGCUAGAGGACUUUGAAUGGAGCGAAAAGGACUCUUCGUAUGCGCAGGGCCUGUCUCCGGACGCGCUCGAGGGCAGCCUGGACGACACGCCCAUCUCCGACGGCAUGGCCUCGCUGAGCGUCAACGAGCGCGAAGGGGGCUACCUCGGCGUGGCAUCUGGCGCGGCCCUCCUCCGCCUCCUCGAUCCCAACACCAGGAGACGCGUGCCCUCACGGCCCGAGUACGAAGCCGGGUCGUCGUUCUCCAUGGCGACUCCGAUGACGCCGCAGCCGAACCCCAACCGCCACAUCGCCGAGGCCAUGAUCGACUCGUACUUUCGCCUGUACCACGUCUGCUACCCCAUCGUACACGAGCCCACGUUCCGGGCCCAGUACAGCGAGGUCAUCCCCCGUCCCAACGGCGCGUGCUGGACCGCGCUGGCGUACAUCGUCGCGGCCAUCGGCGUCUGGACCUCGGCGGGCUCGUCGGCCGACACGCUGGACCUGGCGCUCUUCGCGCAGGCGCGGUCCAUCCUCGGCUUCAACUUCCUCGAGGUCGGCAACCUGAGCCUCGUCAUGGCCCUGACCCUGGCGUCCAACUAUCAGCAGAAGCGCGACAAGCCCAACUCGGGGUACAACUACCUGGGCCUCUCGGGCCGCAUGGCCAUGGGGCUCGGCCUGCACAAGGAGUUCCAGGGCUGGAACAUUGCGCCCCUGAGCAUGGAGAUCCGGCGGCGUGUGUGGUGGACGCUCUGCUCCUUCGACAUUGGCGCGUCCAUCACCUUUGGCCGCCCGGACGUGUGGCCGCACAAGGGCGUCGAGGUGUCGUACCCGCUCAACGUCAACGACAAGGACCUCACCGCCGCCUCGCAGACGUACCCGCCCGAGAGCAGCCAGAUGACACCCUACACGGCCGUCGCGACGCAGGCGCGCUUCCACAUCGCCUCGCACCGCUGCUACGAAAAGGUCAUCUGCAAGUCCUUCCCCUCCGCCGACGAGCUGCUCCGCCUCGACGCCGAGCACAUCGAGACGUGGAAGGCGGGCGUGCCGCCGUACUUUGCCGAGGGCACGCCCGUGCCGCCGCGGUAUGCGCUCCCGCAGGCUGUCAUGGUGUGGCGCAUGCACAACCUGCGCAUCAUCAUGUACCGGCCGUUUGUGAUCCGCCGCGCGCUGAGGCGGAAGCCCGACGCCGACGAGGCGAGCGCGACGGCGUACGACCGGUGUCUGGCCGAGGCCAAGGCGACGAUUGAUUCCAUCGACGAGUUCUGGGAGAGGCAGGAACACAACCGGCUCUCUGCCUGGUACGGCCUGUACGUGGGCUGUUCGCCAUGUUCUUCCCUUUUAUGGCCAAGAACGAACCCCCCGCCCCCGUGAAUAUGUGCUGAUCCAUGAGACUAGAUAUUUCCUCUUCCAGGCCGCGCUCAUCCCGUGCAUCUGCCUUCGCAACGACCCGACCGCACCGGAAGCCGCCGACUGGCGACGCCAGAUCGGCCUCACGCUGAAGACUAUCAGCGGCAUGGCGCCCUUCAACGCCAGUUGCUCGCGCUGCCACCGCGUCAUCGCCGAGCUCAGCGGGCGGUACCUCGACGGCACCACGGCAGCGGCAGCGCCGCCGUCUUCUCAGUCUCAGGCCGACAACAACAACAUGCCCGCCGACGGGAUGGCGACGAGGGCGGACGGCGAGAUAGACCAGACGGUAGGGGCGGGGGCGACCGCAGCAGCACAGCAGCCCGCGACCGACGUGCCGCCGACGCCACCGCUACCGUACAUGGCGGACAGCCAGCCCGUGGGGGAGAGCCCCGAAACGCAAAUCAACAAUGUGUUCAGCAUGAUGUGGCCCAACGUGCCGCCGCUGGAGGCCGCGGACGUGGUGAUGGGCGACGACGGCGGGUGGAUGGAGUUUCUGCGCGCGGGGAGCGCGGAGGACUGGGAAGAGGCGUUUGGAGGUGACUUGGCGUGACGGAAUGAUUGGCGAUGACGAAGACGACGACGACGACGACGACGACAAAGACGAUGAAGGCGAUGAAUACUGUUGUUCUUGUGAUACCUACGAGGUAAUGUUUGUGAUGGAGCGCUGAGUCAAGUACGGGCGGGUUGGUCUCGGAAAAGAAAGGGGGAUCUUGGACUUGUGACGGUAAUACCACCAGGGGCCGUGAACCGCAGAGUAAUGAAACGCUGGUCGCGGAUCUUGCGUGCAGCGAAUACAAUAAUAUAAAAGGUAU